UGCCGCAACACCGGCAAGUUUGAGUGUCGUUGAUGAGAACAGUCAGAAUGGACAGUUGUCACUGUUACGCGCGACACCAUUGUCAGCCAACCCCGCUUGUGACACACUUCGCCCUUUGUGUUUUUUUCACCGCGGAGUGCGAAUAAAUAAUUAUAAAUAAAAAAAAGUUUCUUCCCACGUUCUACGAUUUUUGAUGGUUCAGUGGUGACGUAAAGCCGUUUUUCCCGCCGUACACGUGGUGUUGGAAACAUCGUCUGCUUUCCCUGCGAAUCAUGGAUUACUUUUGGAAUCGUUUUCACUGCCCGACAUCGCCUGCGUUUUUGAUUAUUCGUGUUUUCUAAACAUGUGAAUUUCUGUAAAUCACGUGCCGAUCUUUUUUGCAUUUAACUUGUAAAAAGAAGAAAAAAAAAUGCUUUAAAUUUCUGUGAUAUGGAAACUGUACUUAAAGAAAUACUUAUGGCUUUCAAUAUAUUAGUUUUUCUACUAGUUAGCAUUUGUGGAGCCUCUAUUGGAACAAACCAAGACCGCAAAGGUCCCGUGUUCACUUACGAACCUCCCAACAAAGUGGAGUUUUCAAACGCAACAGGAACUGUCAUUCCGUGCUCUGCAGAAGGAAUACCACCACCGACGAUUAGGUGGGCACAUGCUCUGGACGGUAGUUUUAUUUCGGACGUUGCUGGAUUAAGGCAUGUCCGGCCUGACGGAUCUCUUGUGUUUCCACCUUUCAGGGCCGAAGAUCAAAGACCGGACAUUCACGUGACAGAUUACAGGUGUAUCGCCAGCAACUCGGUUGGGUCCAUCGGAAGCAGAGAUGUUAGAGUCAAAGGAAUUGUGAGCCAGCAUUAUGUUGUUGAGGUGUAUGAUGAAUUCGUAACGGUGGGCAGUACUGCUGUACUGAGGUGUCACAUUCCCGGAUUUAUGGAAGAGUAUGUCUCCGUAAUAUCUUGGAGAGAAGAAUUGACUGGAAAAGUCAUACAACCCUCAUCAUCCAUUGGUGGUCGUUACUUAACGUUUCCUUGGGGUACAUUGUAUAUAAGAAAUGUAGAAACCAGUUUUUCUCACAGAAGUUAUAAGUGCCAGACUAGGAACAGACUAACAGGAGAAGUCGUUGAAAGUGCCAAAGCCGGCAGGCUAAUUGUAACAGAACCUAGAGGUACUUCUCGUCCCCGAAUGGCUGAUGCAAAAAUGCAAGUUUAUGGAAGAAGAGGCGAUUUAAUAGCACUUCCCUGCGUUGCUCAUGGUUUUCCUCUUCCUAGCUACAGGUGGUUUGUCCAAGAGAAUGGUCAGUUGAGACCCAUUGUGUCCACUCAUCGAAUAUCUCAGCUGGAAGGAACUUUGAUAAUCCAACAAGCAACCGUUGCGGACAGUGGUCAUUAUGUGUGUUUGACUAAUAACAGUUUAGGAGAGGAAAGAGCUCAUACGAGAUUACUCGUCACUGCUCCUCUGUCAACAUCGAUGUCUCCCGUGGUUCAAAAGAUACACGUCGGUCGACCAUGGAUAAUCAACUGCUCAGUAUCGGGACACCCAAUCCAUGGCGUGCAUUGGAGGAAAGAUGUCGACGUGCUAUCCUUAGACGGUCGAGUAAGUCAGUUAUCCCGGGAAGUGAUAAGAAUAGAUCCGGUACAACGAGAAGAUCGUGGUAUGUACCAAUGCAUUGCAUACAACGAUCAAGACACAGCACAAUCUGCAGUUGAACUCAGCUUAGGAGAUGAUGUCCCUGAAUUCCAAGAAACAUUCGAAGAGCAAACAAUCCAACCGGGUCCAUCACUGUCCUUGAAAUGCGUGGCUUCUGGGAAUCCUCUGCCGCAAAUCGUUUGGAGACUGGACGAUGCUCCGAUACCAGAAAACCACCGGAUAAGAUUCGGAGACUAUGUUACCAAGGACGGAUUUGUAGUAAGCUUCGUCAACGUGAGUAACGUAAAGACUGAAGAUGGCGGUGACUACAGAUGUGUGGCCAAUAAUGGCGUCGGCGAGGUUAGCCAUGAAUCCCGAGUGAAUGUACUGGGGCCACCUGUUGUAGUGCACCGAGCCAGGAAUGUGACUGUCGUGGCUGGUGAUGUCCUAGUAUUAAGAUGUCCUGUAGCAGGAUAUCCUCUGGAAAACAUUCACUGGGAAAGAGCGGGAGUCCGUUUGCCGUAUAAUCACCGUCAGAAAUCACAUGACAACGGAACUCUUGAAGUACAUCACGUCGAGAGAGCUACGGAUCAAGGUCCGUACGUUUGCGUUGCUACGAAUAAAGCUGGCCAGACUGCACAAAGUACAGUGAUUGUUAGAGUGCAAGUGAAACCAGUGAUCGAACCCUUCAUCUUUCCCAAGUCAUUAAGAGAAGGACAGAGAGCUUCGGUUCUUUGCACAGUCAGCAGUGGCGACUUACCAUUCAAGAUUCGAUGGUUUAAAGACGGUCGUCCCAUUCCCGAGAACAUCGGAGUACGUUCUAACGAGGUCGCAGACUACUCAUCUACACUGCUCUUCGAGUCUCUGGCACUUCAUCACCGAGGAAACUACACAUGUGUGGCCGAGAAUGACGCCGGGACUGUCAGUCAUACUGCCACAAUGGUAAUUCACGUUCCUCCAAGAUGGGUCAUUGAGCCUUCUGACGUAUUUGUUGUGAAGGGAAAAAACAUUGUCGUUGAUUGUCAGACGGAAGGCUUCCCGCAACCUCGAGUGCGAUGGACAAAGGCUGAAGGCGAUAGUCCUCGAGAUUACAAAUCCAUAGUGAGCAGCCCUCACCUCCAGGUUUUCGAGAAUGGAUCUCUAUCAAUAACAGACGCUACAGAAUCUGAUGCGGGUUAUUAUUUGUGUCAGGCUUCGAAUGGAAUAGGCCAGGGGCUCAGCAAAGUCGUCCGACUAAAAGUUCACAUUGCUGCCCAUUUUUUAUCUAAAUUCACUGCUGAAAUGGUUCAUAAAAAUCACAAGACACGACUGAAAUGUGAAGCGAUUGGAGACAAACCUAUUUCGAUCACUUGGAUGAAAGAUAAAAUUGCCAUCAAGCCUCAAACGGAUCCAAG